AUGGCCGCCGCCGCCUCUGUGACAGACCUGGUCACGUGGGCUCCGUCGCCUAUGAGGUCGCUGGGGCUUUGUAGGCGAUUGUCCCUUCCGCGGCUCCGUCCCGAGGCGGUGACUGCUCUUGUCAACCGGUGCCUGAGCGAUCAUGGCAACGGCCUCGGGCGGAGAGCGCGUGGCAGCGGUGGCAGCGGCGGCAGCGGCGGCAGUUUGGUCGCGGACCGGGGCGGCGGAGUGGCGGCGACGGCGGUGGCAGUGGCGCCUGCACCGGCCCUGAUCGCCAUGCAGCGGGGAAGCUCCGAGAGAGAGCUGGCUGCCGGGUGGGAGGCGGAGGCGGCGGAGGCGGCGGCGGCAGGGGUCCGCGUGGAUGCGAGCGCGGCCGUGGAGCCGGAGCGCAAGGCUGGGGAGAAGCAGGCCAAGGACCCGGCCCCCACGCAGCCCCGCGCGGCCGAGGAGGGAGACGCCCGCGUCCUCCCGCGGCCGCCGCCCACGCUGCCCACGUCCAAGCCGAAGCCGAAGCCGGCGCCUGCGCGGGGCCUCUGGCCGCACGGGAAGCCCAGGAGCAAAGGCCGAAGCUGCAAGCGGAGCUCGGGCCGCCGGUCGGAAGAGCACCGCUCUCAGCGGCCCGUCACCGUGGACAGCUCCAAGGCCAGGACCUCCCUGGACGCCCUGAAGAUCAGCAUUCGUCAGCUCAAGUGGAAGGAGUUCCCUUUUGGCCGACGCUUGCCCUGUGACAUCUACUGGCAUGGAGUUUCAUUUCACGACAAUGACAUAUUCUCCGGCCAAGUGAACAAGUUUCCAGGCAUGACGGAGAUGGUGCGUAAAAUUACCCUGAGUAGAGCAGUGAGAAUCAUGCAGAAUCUCUUUCCUGACGAAUACAACUUCUACCCUCGCUCAUGGAUUCUGCCUGACGAGUUCCAGCUCUUUGUUGCUCAGGUACAAAUGGUGAAAGAUGGUGACCCCUCCUGGAAGCCCACUUUUAUUGUGAAACCUGAUGGUGGUUGUCAGGGUGACGGAAUCUACCUCAUUAAAGACCCCAGUGACAUCCGCCUGGCGGCGACCCUCCAGAGCAGGCCGGCGGUGGUCCAGGAGUACAUCUGCAAACCUCUCCUCAUUGACAAGCUCAAGUUUGAUAUUCGUCUGUAUGUCUUACUGAAGUCCUUAGACCCCUUAGAGAUUUAUAUAGCCAAAGACGGACUCUCUAGAUUUUGUACAGAGCCAUAUCAGGAGCCCAACCCCAAAAACCUGCAUCACAUCUUCAUGCACUUAACCAACUAUUCACUGAACAUCCACAGUGGGAACUUUGUCCAUUCGGACAGCGCUAACACAGGCAGCAAAAGGACCUUUUCUAGCAUCCUUUGUAGGUUGUCUUCCAAAGGCGUUGACAUCAAGAAGGUCUGGUCUGAUAUCAUCUCCUUGGUGAUUAAGACUGUCAUUGCCCUGACUCCAGAGCUCAAAGUGUUCUACCAGCUGGACAUCCCCGCAGGGAGGCCAGGGCCCACGUGCUUCCAGAUUUUAGGCUUUGACAUUCUUCUAAUGAAAAACCUGAAGCCUAUACUACUUGAAGUGAAUGCAAAUCCCAGCAUGAGAAUCGAACAUGAGCAAGAACUUUCUCCAGGGGUGUUUGAAAAUGUCCCCAGCCUUGUUGAUGAAGAAGUGAAAGUGGCCGUGAUCAGAGACACUCUGCGCCUCAUGGACCCACUUAAGAAGAAACGAGAGAACCAGUCUCAGCAGCCUGAGAAGCCAUUAGCUGCAAAGGAAGAUCCUUCUGAGGGUGAGCCGGCCAUCGCCUCGGACGGCAACCCCAACCCCGAAGCCCACCUGCCCUCCAUCUGCCUCAAGCAGGUGUUCCCCAAGUACGCAAAGCAGUUCAACUACCUGCGCCUGGUGGACAGGAUGGCAAAUUUGUUUAUCCGGUUCCUGGGAAUCAAGGGGACAAUGAAGUUGGGACCAACAGGCUUCCGUACCUUCAUAAGGAACUGCAAACUGAGCGGCAGCACCCUGUCCAUGGCCGCCGUGGACAUCCUCUACAUCGACAUCACCCGGAGGUGGAACUCCGUGACCCUGGACCAGCGGGAUUCAGGGAUGUGCCUGCAGGCCUUCGUAGAGGCUUUCUUUUACCUGGCUCAGAGGAAGUUCAGGAUGCUGCCACUCCACAAGCAGGUGGCCUCGCUGAUUGACCUGUGCGAAUACCACCUGUCCCUGCUGGAUGAAAAGCGCCUGGUGUGUGGCCGGAGUGGCACGUUGGGGGCCCGGUCCCCUUGCAGUGGCACUCCCCAGGAAGCCACUCCUGCAGCCCCGCUGGCAGGGGGCAACCUCCCGCCCUGCACAGACAAGCUCUCCCAUUCCAGACACGCUCUGUCCUGAGGGCCACCCGAUCCUCCCGGGAGGAGAGCAAGCCGUUCAGGGCUCAAGAGAAGCCCUGGGCUUCCUGCCUGUGGGGAGCUGCCCACUGCCGAGAGUUCUUGCCCGAGUCUGCUAAUUGUCUCCACGUUCCGCUGAGCUGCACGUCAGAAGGCCGGCUGACCCUCGCCUGCCUCCCUCCCAGUGCCUCUCGGUGGUCCACCAGUUUGCAAGUCACCAGUGGACAUAUGACACCCCGAACGUGACAGAUGGCGUCUUCUAUUCUGGGCUCACAGAAAGCAACGACAGGGGUAAAGCUGUUGCGUGUGGGGCACCGACAACCCCCAGACUGAGAACGGCGGCGAGGAAAGAGCUGGAGGAAGCCGAGCCUUGGGUCUGCCGGGGCCCCCCCGAGAGAGGAUACGGGUGAAAGCCCACGGACCUGUGUCCAUUUCCAACCGCCCGUUCUGUGAGAAGGAAGUGGAAAUCUCAAGUAGGCAUCCGAAACUCUCCCCUCCCAAUCAUGUGCUACACGGGCGUAGUUAACACAUUAGCCUCGUCGAUUUCAUUAGCUUGCCUGUUGCUGCAGUGUUCGGUUUGUUAUUAAUUAAGAAAUAAUUAAGAAGUCACUAAGUAAGGCUCCGAGAGCCUGGGAGCUGGCAGGAGCCUCUGAGGUCAUUUUGCCUGUGUUGGACUGUGACCCCAAAGCAGGAGUGCCGUGGCCACGUGGCUCCUGGCUGGAACCCUCCAUCAGGUGGGGUGCCCACCACGUGGUCAGCACUGCCGGGGGCCUCUGUGUACCCACUGAGUGUUGGGCACCCUGGGUGAGAGGAGGGGGCUUCUGAGGGGAGGAGACACAGCCCGGGUGAGGAUGAGGGUGAGCAGGGGCACGGGGCCAGAAGCCAGGGCGCAGUGCCAGAAGUGGCGUGCGGGAAAGCGAGGCCUGCGCUCCCCCUUCCACAAGACCCUUUCCUUGUUGCCACCGAUGCCCCCAGGCAGCCCCUCUCUCAGAGGGGACGCCUCAGAGGCAGCCGAAGUGGCACUGGGAAAAUGGCCACGGGCAAGUCAGGGUCCCGGGCCCGCUGGCGACAGGCGAGCAGGAGGGUCUGCCCUCGCAAGGCCUCACUCUCCACUGCGUUGCUGGGUGUGGGGCUAACGUGGCCCUUUCCCAGAGUGGCCCUGGGGAGAGCUGAUUGUCGUGUUCCGAGUGAGGAGGAUGAAAGGGGUGGAAGCACUAACUAGCAUAGUGCCUGGCACACGGGGGGCCUCCGAAAGUGUUCACACACGUAGGGCAGGGAGGGGGCCCAUGGGGGCAGAAGUGGGUCCCAGACAAGCACAUAUGUCUUCUUUCUCCUACUUCUGCUCUUGUCUUCUUCCUUCUAACAUCCCUCCCUGUCUCCUGAUCCAUGUCCCUGUCACUGAAUCCGAUGGGAGCAGUUGACUCAAGCUCCAACGCAGAGCCUGGUACACAGCAGGUGCUCAAAAAGUGCCUGUUGAAAUGAGUGGCUUGGAGUCAGCCUCCCAAAUCCCCGGCUGGUUCGUUGGCUCCCCAGGCAUGGCAGCUGUCACAAGACCCUAACAAACAAUGGCUCCUCUGGCCCUGGACAGCCUCUCCAUGUCCCUUAGUCCCGGCCUCAGGUCUGGACUGCAUCCCCCAGAGGCAGCCCCUCUCAGAGGUUCAGCCUUGGAGACCAAGGCCCGUCAGGCUGGUGGUCCUCGUCACGACUCCUCCAUCAUGUCCAGCCAUCUCUCUGACCCCGCAGCAACCUAUGCUUGUAUGGGGUCGGUUAGGUCAGAGUAGAUGACACCGAUGUGACUGUAGAUAGCCAGGGUGGGUGGGACGGGGUUGCGCAGGGGCCCUGACACGUGGAAUGGUGCUCUGUGCCUUUCUAGAACCAGCCCCCUUUCCCAUGUGAAUUUGACAUCUGUUCAACACUUCAUGGUUUACAAAGUACUUUUACAACCAUCCUCUCAUCCGAUUCUCCCCACAGCCCAGCAAGGAUGAGGAUCCUCGUCUCUCUCUUCCCACAGAUGAGGGAACUAAUGCCCAAGAGGUCAGGUGACUUGCCCGAGGCCUCAUGGCUGGGCAGAGGCAGAGGCAGGACUCAGUGAGGCUUCCCAGCCCCCAAUCCCAUGCUCCUUUCUUGGCACCACAGCUGCUUUCCACGGUGCAUCAGUGUUCCCACAACCCAGUGGGGAGAACACACAUCUCAAAGAGGCUGGGCAAUUCUGGGGGGUUCUGAGGGCCCCACUUGGAGCUGUUUGACCUGCUCUUCUCUUGCUGAGCAGCCUGGAAGGGCCCUCUCUCUGAGCCCUUAGUACACUCUGCGGGCUCCAGGCUUCUCAGCCAUAUAAGGGCGGAGGCGGGGAGCAGAUCUUCUCUCGCUCGAUCCCUUGGAACAUAGAGAAAUGAAAAGCAUAAUAUACAUAAUAUAUACACAAGAGUGUUUUGUAAACCAAAGUGCUGUUCAAAUGCCAUGUUAUCAUCAGAUUGGCUUCUGGUUUCCUACAAAGUGUAAAUAAAAAGGCUCCUUCUUGAAUGUCGUAAUCCAUCAAGACAAAUGAAGCCCCCGCCGUCAGUUCCUCUCCCUCUCCACCUGCCCUCCAUCCUCACAUAUCUGAAGACAUUCAGGGCUGAAAAAUAGUCUCUGCCGCUCCUCUGGCACCUGGAAUUUGCCUUGUGAUGUCGGGUAUUACGCCAAAGCAGCUUAAUUUUAUAAAACAUCUUGACUAAUGCCCUGAACUCCUUGGCUCUAUAAUUGAGAAUUGGGUUUGAAAAGUUUGGCAUCUGAGCACCUUUCCUUUGAAGCUCAAAAGGGAUGGCAUCUCCCCUCUGGGAGCUGGUGUUCCUGGGACUGAGAGCUGCCGUCUUCUCUCAGCCUGGUGAAUACACCACGGUGCGUAUCCACCUAAAAUCCAACCGUCUUGAUUGAUAUUUUUGCCGAUCUCUUAUUGGUUUGAUGAAUGUGAGAGAAAUUUUCCCGUACGGCAUAUGGAUUUCUCCCUCACAAAAUAAGUCCAAUUUUUUUUUCUCCCAGGGACAAAGGAGCUUUGCGGAUCAGUCAACAUUCAAUUACCUCCGUCUCUAGUAACCCAAAGUCUUGAUUUGUAUAUAAGUAGAUAAACCACGCAGCCUAGUGCUUAUGCAUAAGCGGCACACACGUACACACACACACACACACACACACACACACACAGCUCCAUUGCGCUUUGGUAUAAAAAUAGCAAAAUUACUGAUGUUUUUCUCAUUUCUGGCAAUUUGUGUCUGAGUCUUAGUUAGAGAGCAGGGGAAAAAGGGCUCUUUGCAGCCCUGGGGUAACAUACCAUGUUCACCAAAAGAUUCGCGGGAGACAUUUCCUCUUACAGAGGAGUUGGCUGUGAUUCCGAACAGGGCUGUAGUCUCGGGCCGUGGGAACAUUGCCAGCUCCUCACCAUGGCUCCCCCAGGCCCCUUCCAAACGGCAGGAGCAAAGCAAGGAGCUGGGCAAUGAAAGAAGUCAGCAGGGAUGUUUUCCCUUCCGCGUGGGGAGAAUGAGGGCUGAGAGAGAACCCCAGAGGAGGCCCUGAGCUGUGGUGGAAAGAGGCAGGCUCUGGAUUUUGCUGUCUGUCACUCCUCUCACUACGCGUGACCAGUGACUUCACCUCUCUGCCCUAGUCCUGGACUGUCCAGUGGAGACCGUGCCAAAAUGAACGUGAAGAGCCCAGCAUGGGCCUUGGCACCUGGGAAGUAUCUUCAGAAAUGUCUGUUGAGGAAAAGAGCAAUCUCGAUGUGCUGAAACCAGGCAGACGGAUGCCGGGGAUACUCACCGUCCCUGACAGGAGGCUCCUCAAGGUCUGGCGAGCAGCCCCUUGUGCAUGAGCCGUCCUCCCUCGGAGACGGGCUCUGCUGUUUGCGAAGCUGCAGCUCUUGCCUCUUAAAAGCCUUUAAAAAUUCUUUAUUAAAUUUUCAUGGCACAUAAAGUCAAGGUUCCAUUACUUGGCCUCAGUUGUCUUGGUAACUUUGUAAAAUGCAAUAAUAAAAUGAAGCCGAGUGCUGCUAAUACAGGCUCACUGUAUAAACGGCUGCAAA